GAGCGGAAAACUCUCCUUGCAACAUGGCUCCCUUUCUCUCCCCCCUCUCCUCGCUCUCCCACCUCUCCUUUGCCAGUACCAGAACUCUGGCAACCAACUAAAUCAUUGUGUCUUUUUGGCGAAGAAGUGGGAUUGGGAUAGACAGAACGGCGAAAGACAGAUAGGUGAGGGUGACACAGGGACAGAAAGUGGGGGGAGGAGAGACCAGAGCUGUCAAUCUUCAUCUUUGUCAAAAAAAAAAUAUUUAUGCUUCAGCUGAGACCUCAGGUUAAGUCUGUUUCUCUUCAGCUGUUACUUUACAACAUUAACACUUGUAUAUCAUUUAUAGUUCUGAAGGGGAUUCACAUCAGUAGGAAGGCAUUUUUGAGUAAUGUCAGACAGUUUGGCUCCAGUUCUGACUUCAGACACUGACAGGCGGACGCUGACAGGAUUGCAUGGAGUGCGGCUGAGCAGCGGGAGGAGGGAGACGGCGUUUAAGUGCUGCGCACAUUCAACAUGCUCCUUCACAGAUCAUUUCGACUCUGACGGAUUUUGCAUGACAGGCAGACGAGGAACCACACACCAUGUGUCGAUUCUUUGAUACCAGUCCAAUCUUCAAGGAUCUGGGCCAUUUCGAAUCCUUCCAGAGAUUUUGAGUCACAUCCUCAGACAACACACACACACACACGCACACACGCUACAGACAACUGAACAGACUUAAGAAAAGCAGUCACUGGGGAUUUGUUGAGAACAUAAACUUUGCCACUCAGGAUGUACUGUAAGAAAAUUACAGACACACACAUUAAAUUAAGAUCAAACUCUGCUGUUCGUCUUCGCCGGAUCCAGUUGUAAAGGCGUGAGUCCUUCGUUCAGCACUGUGAGGACUGCAAUGCAUUUGUUACCUCAGAGUGACCAGGAAGUCAUCAGUCACAAGAAGCUACAACAUCUAAGACACAAAAGAGCAUCUUGCUGACAUUGGAACACAAAUCAGAUCGGAUGGGUUUCAGGUUGAUUAGAGGAAAAGCUACCUUUAACAGAUUAACAAAACCUGAAAAAAAUCAGAGGAAUUAGAGUUAGAACAAGAAGUCACCUUUACAGACUCUUAUUGAUGAACAUGAAACAAUUAGUUUAUCUCAAACGUGAUGAAGAGGCACACUUUCUGAAAGAAGAACGAGGUUGAUAAGCGAUUCUUUAUUCCAAAGACAUUAGCACCAUGAUGGAAAAACUGAAACAUUCUGCUCCACCUGCCUCCCCACCUGACCUCCUUCGUCCCACCUCCUCUUCCUCUCCCUCGUCUUCUACUUCUUCACAGUCCUCUGUAUCCAUGGAGCUGCACAGUCCUUCAACGUCCUCAGAUCCCACCAGAAGCCCAAAACCCAUAAAUAAAGCUGAGCUAAAAGAACAUAUGAACAUCUCUACUCCAGCCGCGAUUCGAUCUCCCAUCAUCCUAACAACAGUGUUAACCAGUCACCAAACACGUGAAUACAAACCACCUGAGUCUGCUGUCAGGGAGACGGAGCAAGAUGACGAGAUGGGAAAACUUGAGGGAUCAAAAACCAUUGCCUCUAAUGCUCCUGCAUCCACAGACGGCUCCCCGACUCUUUCUUCCCCACCGCCACUCCUCCCUGCUCCAGCCAAGACAUCUCCGUGCCCCCUUCCGCCUGCAACUUCCACCUCAGCUGUCCCCUCAUCAUCCUCACUGUCUCCUCUUCCUCCACACAUUCCAGUCAUCAGCCUUGGUCACAGCAAGCCCCCUCUGCCUCUCCCCAACACCCCUUUGACUGCCCUCCACCCAAUUCCCAGCCUCAUCCACGGACCCCACAGGGACAUUCGGCGCAGCCAGCAGACCUGUUUGACCAUGAUCAGUCCUGGAGCGUCAGGAUUAUCUGGAAGUCCUGGAGGCCCUUCUGCUGGUCCUUCUGGGCCCCUCCUGGCUCAGCAGUAUCUCCCUACACACCCAUUCCUCACCAGUUCCUACCUGGGACCCUCAGGGGGAAGCUAUGGUGUCAACAACAACAUCCGCAUUAAGAGGAGGCCCUCCUCUCAUUUUGAGAUGGAGAUCAACGAAUGCCCUCCUCAGAAACUGGCCCGCCGGGUGUUUACCAACAGUCGCGAGCGCUGGCGGCAGCAGAACGUGAACGGCGCUUUUUCUGAGCUCAGAAAACUGAUUCCCACGCACCCGCCCGACAAGAAGCUCAGCAAGAACGAAAUCCUGCGUCUGGCCGUGAAGUACAUCAACUUCCUGGUCACACUGCUCAACGACCAGACUCAGGACAAGAGCAGGAACUCCGCUGAGGACCGAGGAGAGGACGACAGCAGGGCUGCUGGGUUGGACGGUAACAGUCAGAGGACUCUGUUUCAGAGGGACACAUCACCCGCAGCAGCCUGUCCCGCUGCUGUGGCGUCAGCCCACAGAGACUCAGCUGACUCAGUCAUUGCAUUGGUGAACUCUCCAGCAACGUCCAGCUGCUAUGGAGACACGGACAGCGAGGAGAGCUUUGGGGCUAAGACCUCUUUGGUAACGCAUGACAUUCUGGGAAAAGUUAAAGGUCAGAUUAGGAUGGUUGCUGCUACAAAUGAUGAGCGGUGACUUUAAAAGACCUAUAGAAAGGAAAAUGCAACAUGUAACAAACCAGGAGCUGCCACGAAUAAUAGAAUUUGUUUCCCUUUGAUUAUCCAGUUUUUGAAAAUCUGCUUCUAAGUAGUGUGAAUAAAAUGUCCAUAUUGGUGGUAUUUCAUUUUAAUAGCCUGUGUUUUUGUGCAAACAUUGAUUUUGAAGUGUUGAGCAUGAAAUAAACCUUUGCUUAGCGGAAAGUUUAGCCAUGAAAUUUAACAGAACAAUCAAAAUAUAUUGCAACCCAAUAAUGUGGAGCAAGCUAUAGUUCACUGCAAAAGUAAACAUAUCCCUAUUUCAUAUGGCAUCACAUUCAAACCAUGAACACCAGUGUGUUUUAUGGGGAUUCAUUACAAAUCAACAAGAAGCAGUGCACAACUGAGAAGCUGAAGAAACAUAGCAUGUGGUUUCAAAACGUUUUUGUCAUAAAAUUUUCAAAAGUGUAGCAUAAUAUUUGCAUUCAGACUCUUUAUCGCUCAUAUCCUUGAAUAAAAUACAAUCAGAUAUUCUG